AUGGCCGAAAAAUUCUUCGGCGGCAAAGUUAGGUGGAGUGACCCAGCCGUAGGACAUGCUUCAGGGAACUUCAGAACAGCUUUGAAAGGAUGCGGCUGGUCUAGCCGCUUACCACGAAAAGCUCGCCAUGCCCACGAAUCCAAAAGAGGAUGGUGUGAAGGACUGAGCUUCUACGGGGAAGAAUAA